AAAUGCGUUGUGUUUCCUUGGGAAGUCUACUGAGUCCAUUUUGCUGGUUAUCAAAUCAUUCUUGGAGGCAGUUAAAAGCUAUUGGGGUGAAAUACCGUACCCAGGAUACAUCAAUCCCCCAUGAACCUCGGCAUCUCGAAUACGGAGGGGGAAAUGUACAUACGGUCGGGUCCGCAGAGAACCGCAAUUGCGAUAUCCAUUGCACCUUUAUCCGACUAUAAAAUGCGCUGCAGAUGCCAUCACUGCGUUGCAUAUAUAGUGUCGACCCAACCAGCCUCUUUGACAUUCUUCUGAUUGCUGCCUGCUUGUCCUGGAAUUAUAUCACCGACGCUGAAUUUGUGUCAGUUCCUUGAGUCCUCCCGAAGUCCGGUUGGACUACGCCUCAAACUACCUUCGUCCCUCCAGACUCAACUCUGAGCGCAAGAUGUCCGCAGUUCUAUGAGAGAGACUCGAGUAGCCUGAAUACAAGAGGGAGCGCAUUCUCACAACCUCUCGAAACCUUAGAAAUUGAUUUCCUCCUCCACCUCCAACACCCGACAGCCAGUGUAUGCGCCUCACGAGCCCACCUUUCCGAUUGGGGACAACAUAUUACACGUCGAUACCUCAUAUUCGAACAUUCAGACACAAAGUCAGGAUGGCGCAACAUUUACCCCAUCUCCCUGACUGGGAACAAGUCAGCACCAACAUCAUCCGCAUACUCGGUGGGAACCCAAGCAAGUUCACCCUCCAAGGCACAAACACGUACCUCCUCGGCCGGGGCGCGAGCCGUCUCCUCAUCGACACUGGCCAGGGUGAGAAGCGCUGGCUCGACACCUUGUCCAGUGUGCUACACAAGCAGAAUGCCACGGUGCAAAAGUGCCUCCUUACGCACUGGCACCACGACCACGUCGGUGGAGUAAAAGACCUCAGGUCUCUCCCUUCCUCCUCCGAGGCGGAAAUAUACAAAAACACACCCACGCUCAAUCCGGACAAUCUACUCGACCCGUCAAAAGUCCACGACAUUACCAACGGCCAACGCUUCAGUACGUCGACCCCAGACGGCACGUUCGAGGUCGAAGCCGUCCACACUCCGGGUCACGCAAAGGACCACAUGUGUUUCCUGGUCACUUCCUCCCCGGACCCAAACGAGAUAGGUGCACUCUUCACGGCGGACAACGUCCUCGGCCACGGCACCGCCGUCUUUGAAGAUCUCGGUCAGUACCUCGACAGUUUGAACCUGAUGAAGCGUCGUGUUCUGGAACUUUCGUCGUCGUCGGCAGAAACCGAAAAGAAAAAGGCAUAUCCCGGACACGGCGCCGUGAUCGAAGACGCCACGGGCAAGAUAGACGAGUACAUUGCCCACCGGCGCAUGAGGGAAGACGAGGCCCUGAACGUGCUUCGGUACGGAAGUGUCAAGAAGUCUGGGAGUGGGGAUGAGGUGGUGCACGACAGUAUCACGACGGUCGGGGAGAGUGAUGGUGAGGACGCGACAACAACAACAACGACAACAACAGCCAACUUGGGCAAGGAGGUCGUCGUAGGCAAGGAGUGGGAGAGCAUGGAAAUGGUCAAGGUCAUUUAUCGUCAUUAUCCCGAGAGCCUGUUCAAGCCCGCCGAGUACGGGUUGCUCAUGGUCUUGGAGAAACUCAGGCGGGAUGGGAAAGUCGUCAAGACGGACGCUGGGAAGUGGAGGGUCAGCGAGAAGGCCACAUUGUGAAUAUCAUGUCGGGCUAUACGUGGUUGGAAUUAGAGUAGAGUACUUUAGAUACUACUAUCUACGUAUGGGGGCAACCAUGAAAGCAGAAUAGAAAUCCAGACUCGAUUCAUGUUGAGCA